UGGAACAGGUGUCACUAUGAUGGAGGGAGUCUUCACUCCCCUCGUAGCCCAGGAUGGAAAUCGUUGAGAAGCUCAACCUAGGGUAGGGCCAUGCUGCAGUCCGCCGAAGUCUGGAGCGGCCCAGGAAGCGAGCAACGAGUCAGUCUUGAGUAGCUCACACCUAAGGGCAGACCAGCCAAUCAGUCCCCUCCUAAGGAAACUAUGUGCUUGCCGGUGAUUCUCAAACAGUCUGCUGGGGAGCUUAGGAGUGGCCUGAUCUGAACUGCCCAAUCAGGUGAGUAAAGGCUGGGCCGGCUGGCUGCAAAACAUUCCAGUCCCGAUCAUUCUCUUUCAUUGGCCUACAGCCUCUUCAGAAGCGAUGAUACCACGAAGGUGUAUCUUAGGAGUUCCUGUCUGCGUAACAAUUUUCUUCCUCCAGGGUUCAAAGGCAGUGGCAGACGCCCCCAUGGGCUCAGGUCUGUGGCUGUGCCAGCCCGCCCCUCGGUGUGGGGACCAGGUCUACGACCCCUUGCAGCACUGCUGUAGCGAUGACACCAUCCUGCCCCUGAACCGGACUCGCCAGUGUGGCCCCAACUGCACCUUCUGGCCCUGCCUGGAGCUCUGCUGUCCCGAGUCCUUUGGCCCCAAGAGGUUUGUUGUGAAGCUGAAGGUCCUGGGUACCCAGUCCCAGUGCCCUUCGUCGCCCAUCUCCAGGAUCUGCCCCAGCUGAAGGAGCUAGACGAGCUCCUUACAAAAAUGGAAUGUUUUGCAUUUGCCAGCACAGACCCGCACAUAUCACCAGCUUCCCGCCCCCCCCCCCCCCCCCACAGCCCCCUGCAGGGUUGGCAGGAAAACAGAGAAGCCAACUGACCUGACCUGCAACCUGCCUGCUGGUCCCUGUGCUGCCCAUCUUUGAACGCUCAGAGACUCCCCCACGACCUUCAA